AGAUUACAACAUCAGCAAUGGCCGCAAAUUUAAGGAGACGAGUCACUCACGAGACAAAUGGAGGUGCUUUGGACUUUCCCAAAUAUAUUUCCCCGUUCCCUAAAAGUGUAGGAACUAAUGAAUGUAAUGUUGUCUUUGUAGGGGUCAAUUUCUUGGAUAAAAAAGACGAAAUAAGUCGCGCACGAAUCCAUCAACUCCGCCAGCGUGCUGAGGUAUAACGUACAUCUACAUCUACAUAAUUUUGUGUGACGUGUAAUCUUGCACAUAUUUACGUGAAAUGAUUGAAAAAACUUUGCAGUUGUUUAAAUCUUGUAGUCUUUUUUGUACCGUGCGGGUCUGGGUUUUAUAGAUUUAUGCAAUCGUCAUUUUUUUUUUAAAGAUGGUGAAGUCUACUAAAUCAUCAAACUGAAACUCUAUGCAGGAGCGAGAUAUACACUGCAGUGUGUUUUCACUUCAUAACAACUGAAUCGUGGUAUUUAAGAGUAAUACAAGCUUAUUUUACUGCUGAGGUUUCUUUUGAACAGCUGCUUCGCUGUGCACAGGUUUGAAAACGAAAUAUUACACGUCUCUGGGUUCAAGCUGGCCUAAGCUUUUGAAAUUUAAGGUUAAUCUCUGUGACCUCGGUAAAUUUUGAGUUUCUAAUUUUUUUCUAUUUUAUCUCUAGCAACUGAGAACGGAGUUAGUAGAGCAGAUUGAUGGCCAGCUGAACGAGUUAUUAGACGAUGUUUUACACGAUGUAGAUCACUUAGAACCCACAACAGAUCCUUCUAAAAACCACACUAGGUUAGUUCAGAGUACGUAUUUUUCUGUUUACUGAAGUAAAGUAAACAAUAGUCCUAGGCACGUGGAUAUUCAAAGCCCCAAGGAAGUGAACUUAUUUGGCAUCACCAUUAACUUAUUUGAAACUUAAUGGGAGAUCACAUGAAUGUCAUAUAAAUAUCUUAGUUUAUUUCCUGAGAGAUCAUAAUGCUUAUAAGCUUAGAUUACCCUCUUCACUCGUGCGUUCAACAUCAGUUCAAGCGUAGAAAGCGUCGGUUUCACUCUAUUUAUGGUUCACAGCAUUGCAAAAAUGCUCUGUUUUGCAUGAAAUUUUACAUGAACUCGAAAGCGAACUUAUGAUAGAUCUAACUUAUUUACGUGCUGAGAAAAUAUCCAAAGAUCAAAAUCUUUUCGAAGUUAUUCUUUUAAGCUAAUAUCUUAUGAGUUCCAUCUGUGAAGUUUUAUGAAAGACGUAGCCUUAUUUUACUCAAGUUGUAAUUCAUAAAAGUAAAUUUCCACCGUCCUGGACGUUUUUGGAUUUGUUAGAAAUGUUUAUUGCAGGAUUGACAUUUUACCUUUUGUUUGUUUUCGACUACACUGUAGCAAGGAAAGUGUCACGACAUAAUUCCCUGCUCAUAAAUAUUAAGAGUUCAUUAUUAUACUGCCUUGAAUCUUUUGUUUGAAAACAAUGUUGUUUCAAAAAUAAUUCUUUCAAAGGUGUCUUAAUUUGGAACAUUUUUUUAGAACUCUAAAAGUAAUAGAUCUAUACAUGCACAAAUUUGUCAAAUGCAGAACUCUUAAAAAUAAGCCAACAGCCAUUUAAUUAAUUUUGAGAUCUAUAUUGAUACAAGCUUUGAUGCGAGUUAUAAAAAAAGUCAUCACUUUUCAUUGGAAAUUUGUAGUCGUCCUUAUCAUAGUGAAUAACAAAUGACCACAGGUUUGAUCUAUUUUGCUGCUGAAUGUGUUCGUGUAGGAUUUUCAAUCAUCCCUUUGAUACAAAGUGUUUUUUAUCUAUAUAAUUUAGUAAGAAAUGAUGUGGUGCUACAUACUGCCAUGCUAAGCUUUUUUGACUCUCAAGCAAGACUUGAGUAUACAACCGCUCAGUUUCAGAAAUCAGAUUUCUUUCAGUCGAAUAAAAGUAGCUGCUGAAAACAAAACAUAAAUCCCGAUUUAGCAAACUGUUAAAAUGUGUAAGUCUAGUUUAGAAUCUUAAAAUUGAGUUCUAUACACCUCUUUAGGCAUGUGCAGGCAUUUUGUACUAUGGUAAAGCUUGUCGUGCUAGCCAGUAGCACAACUUCGUUUCAAUCGUUGCACUACUUCUGUGCUUAAAUUAUAUUAUUUAAUCAACUGAGUUUGGCACACAUAAAUAUGGUAAAAACAUGAAGUUUCCAAAAGGCCUAACAGUCAUGUUCAAUCACUGGGCCAUUAUAGGGUAACAUACAUGUAGUUUGUCUUUUGGUUUAGAUAUGGAGGUUUAUUUCUAAUACAUUUUGUAUCUCAUUUGCUUUAUGUUUUGAUUUUUAUUGAGACCGUCAUGUUUGUCAAUAGCUACAUGAUAACCCUUUGUCCAAAACUUGUGGCAUUGUGUCAGAAUUAUUCAUCUGUGAAAUUACAAUGCCCCAAACACCCCUAACUAAAGAAAAUUGUAAAUUAAACGAGACUUACCUGUAAGGUGAAGUUUGAUUGAGGUUCUACCAGGUCAUCACAGCAGCAGAGAUUACAUGAGAUAGCGCAUGCGCAUAGCUGGUCAAUAUUAAAAGCACUGAGUGUCCGUAUGUAAUAAAAAGAAGACCCAGUAGGCCCAUAACAGGAUAUGGGCUGAGUAUGAAACCAGGGAGGGUAACAACUGGGAGGGCAUGUAAUCUCUGCUGCUGUGAUGACCUGGUAGAACCUCAAUCAAACUUCACCUUACAGGUAAGUCUCGUUUAAUUUACAAUUCUACCAGGUCAUCGCAGCAGAGAUUCCAUGAGAUUUCAAAGCCAUAUGGACACGAAGACAAAAUAAACAAGGAACACCUAUAAAACACAACUGGUGUCCUAGUUUAUUAACUGUAGUAGAAAAACCAAGACCUAGAAAGCUAGGCUUAUACAUUAAUGCUGGUACCAAGAACAGCUUGGCCAAAACGAGAAACAUUAUCUUCAAUAGGUUUGUUGUAAAACUUACGGAAAGUGCAAUCUCCUUUCCAAGACGCUGCCUUAAGAAUCACAUCUAUAGGCACCUGGCAUGCAUUUGCUUUGCUGGUAGAAGCAGCUCUGGUACUAUGGGGUUUGAACACUUCCACAUCAAUACCAGCCUUGAUCAUAACAUUCUUAAUCCAACGUGAAAUAGUGUCCCUAGACACGGCCUGGUAGGGUUUAACAAAACUAAUAAAGAGUCUGGUUUCUCCACCUCUAAGGGGUGCAGUACACUUAAUGUAUUCUGAGAGAACUGAGUAAACGCAAACCCUGCCAUCUGCUGGGAAGGCAGGAAGGAUAAGCUCUGGUAGAUUCCUGCCUGGAGCUGACUGCUUAACAAUAUCCUUAAUAAUAAAUUUAUAGUGGUCAGUAUUUUUCUGCAUACUAGUAAUAUCCAUAAGAUGGAAAGACUGACAUCGCUGACCUGUAACCAGUGCUAUUAACAUAACUAGCUUAUGGGUAAGCUCUUUAAGGCUUAUGCUUUCCAGCGGUGGAAAUGUUUGAAGGUAUGUCAAAACGCUUGUGGGAUCCCAGACCACUGGUAUCUAGGUAUACUAGGCCUAUUGUUAAAUACAGCCUUCAAAAAACGUUAACUAAUGGGUGAGAACCCACAGUUUUGUUAUCAUCUAGGUGGAUAACAGAUGAUAGAGCACAACGAGCAGUAUUCAGGCUACUGUAGCCGAGUCCACUAUCAAACAGUUCAGUUAAGAAAUCUAUGACUUCUGAUAUAGCUGGUUGAAUGGGAUCAGUAUUCCGUCCACUGCUGAAUGUGGUCCACCGCUGUAAGUAUGUUCGGUACUGUUUCUGGGUUCCUUCCUCCAGGACUGCAGAAUGAGCUCUUGAGCCCUCGCUGAAAUGCCUUUAUUUUGGAGACUUUCCCUGAUAAGUGACAUGCCAUCAGCAGCAGUUUUGCCCCAAUGGGUGUUCUUUCCCUGGGUUGAAGGGGAGGUGUACGAUGUUGGGACGAUUGGGGAGUAGCACUGGGGUCUGCACCAGAAGUCUUGUUAAUUUGGGAAACCAGGACUGUGUUGGCCAAUGAGGGGCUAUCAUGAUUGCUUCUGCUUGAUCCUCCUCCACCUUUUGUAGAACUUGUGAAAUUAAACUGAAGGGAGGAAAAACAUAGUUAUAUUGUGUUCCCCAGUCUAAUGUAAAAGCAUCUACUCCAACAGCAUUAGGAUCAGGGAUCCAUGAAACAUAACGAGACAGUUGAUGGUUAAGUCUGGAUGCGAAUAAAUCAAGGUCAGGUUUGCCAAAUAAGGAAAAAAUUUCUGACACCACUGGUUGGUCUAGUUUCCAUUCUGUUUUGUCAUUAAAAACCCGGGAAGCAGAGUCUGCUUCGAUAUUCUCGACCCCAGGGAUAUGUGCAGGUGUGAUCCAGAUAUCUCUGUCCUUGCACCAAAGCCAUAUGUCUCUGGAGAUAUCAUUACAAGGGGUAGAAUGGGAUCCCCCCAUGUUCCUCAGAUAUGAUACAGUGGUGGUAUUAUCAGACAGAACUUUAAUGUGGCAGUGAUGUUCUGAAGGGCAUAAAGCCUUGAGGCCCCAAAAAACAGCGAGGAGCUCUAGGGCAUUAAUAUACAGUUGAGCUUCUUCCGGGGACCACCUGCCACCUGUGGAAAUCCCAUCUGAAAAGGCUCCCCACCCUUGGGUAGAGGCAUCUGUUUUGAGUUCUCUUGUGAUUUUCCCAUGACUAAUCUUCCUUUUGCAUGUUUUGGCAUGGUUCAUCCACCAGACUAUGUCAUUUUUUGCUGUUUCAGACAACAUCAUAGGACUUUCAAAAUUCCAGUUGGAAUUUUUUAGAGCAGUUGAUUUUUCAAUCUCAAGUUGUCUGUAAAAAAGUCUAGCAUACUCUACACCAGGGAAAAAAGAUACCAUAAUGCCCACUAAACGAGCAACCAGUCUAACAGGAACAGAUGUAGAUUGCAAUACCUGAUGUGCUGAGGCAAGUAGCUUGCCAAAAUUGUGAUCUGUUAUGCUAACAGACAUGUCUAAGGAAUUUAAAAUAAAACCCAGAUGUUCAAGGAUCUGUGUAGGUUGGACAACUGAUUUAGCCAAAUUAGGGCAGAAACCCAAGUCCCCUAAAAGGGUUAAGGUAUCCUGGACAUUGGAUGAGCAGGCCACACUAGUGUCUCCUUCUAAAAAGGAGUCGUCUAAAUACCCACUAGAAACAUGUCCUUUGAGUCGGAGGUAUGCAUACACAGGUUUGAGUAAUUUGGUGAACACUCUGGGAGCACAGGCAAGGCCCUGCGCAAGGCAAGUAAACUGAUAAAGCUUUCCUUUCCAUAAAAACUUAAGAUAUUUUUGAUGUGACCGGUCAACAGGUACAGAAAAAUAAGCAUCUGAAAGAUCAAUAGAUGCCAUAAAACACCCAGGUUUCAUCAAGUGAACACAGGUUUCAAUAUUAUCCAUCUUAAAAUGAUGGUAAGCAAUAAAGCGAUUGAAUUCUUUCAAAUUCAGAAUCAUUCUGAAACUCCCAUUUUUCUUAGCUCGGAGAAAAACGGGGAUAUGAAUUCGGUGGAUUCAUGUUGGGACUCAACAAUGAUACCCCUAGACAAAAAAUUUUGAAUCUGCUGAUCUAAGGCCACUGCUGCCUCAGUAUACAGAAUGGUAGGUCUAACUCUACCUAGUUGAACAGGCUGUAUGUCAUAAAACUCAAGUUUGUAGCCCUGUACGAUGGACAGAAUAGUUCUGUCAGAGGUAAUUUCUUGCCACUUGGCCAGAAAAUUCUUAAUUCUUCCACCAGUAAUAAGGGUGGGUACAGAGCUUACCUUAGGUUGAGUCAUGACUGUUUCACAGUCUGUUUCAUUGUUUUCGCCUCGGUUUUUGCGAGGUUCCUUCCUGUAUGAGGGGUGAUUGCUCCUCUGAUAGCCUCUGCCAUGGUUGCUGUACUGGUUGAAGGGGGCGCUGGUUGCGCCCCUUUGGCCCAAAAAGACCGUGAUGGCCCUUUAUACUUCUGAGAACUUGGCUUGUUGGAUCUUGUAAGCUGUUUGGCUGCUUUGUUACUCUCGGUAACUGUUUUCAGCCGUUCGCUAGGUCGUCACCAAACAGUUCACUUCCAAUUGGGUGCUUGUUAUUACACAAGGCCUUGUAGCUGUCAUCUAAAUCUGUUUUGAACAAGUCACGGCGGCAAAUAUUCAAGCUGUGGUUAGCCGCCGCAAAGAAGAAGGGAAUUGAUAGAGCUUCCCAUAGGGUCUCUUUUGGUUGGCAUUGCAGCGCCUGAAUCCAAAGAUUCACCCACUUUUCCUGUCAUGUCUGCAAGAGGAAUAAGCCCUUUAAUCAGGGUGUCUUGCAAAGCUUGAAGUCUAGCAUCCAUGCUUCGUGUUGGCUUUUUAGCGAUGUCCCAAAUCUCGGAAUUGACACGAGUUUGGGCAAGUAAUGUGCUGUUUGUGGGCCUAUGAAUGUUCUCUUUUCGCCGCUUAGUGGCUUGAUCAUUAAGACCACUGGCGAGGAUGUUGUUAAGAACGUUUGCGAUUUUUUCCGAAAUCGCUGGCCCCGUGACUUCGCCCUCGGUCACUUCGGUGACAAGUGAAUCCACUUUGCCAGUAGUAUCUGUCGUUUUGGAACGGGGUUGUUCGUCCGGUUGUGGCGUGAUUCUGGGUCGCUUUGGCGGAGGCCCUUCCUCAUUCUCGCUUUCAGCCAACGGCGAGCGUUGACAUCAUCCACAUCUUGCAAUAGCAAGGCAUCGUGAGACUCUUGUAAAGUUUUGACAACGGGCACCAUGUCUUGCACGAGGCUUGUCAAUAGGUCGAGUUUGUGGAGAAGCCUAGCUUCUCCCUCGCCUUCAGCAGAGUCAGCAGCCUGACUCGUGUUUGCGCAGAUGUGGAUUGUUGUUUUGGAGAUCGAGACGAUCCUGUAAGCGUAGUUCCUUUUUUCUUGUCAAAUUCGCUAAUUUGACUCGGUCAGUGACUCCUUGGUCACAUCAAGGAUUUCAUCAAGUACGCCGGAACCCGGCGUAGGCAUUUUUAGUGAAUGAAAAAACACGGCAGUUAUAAACUUUGCUUCGCAAAGAUUGCCGAUGUAUGAUAAAUAAGAAAUAUAACUUUACGAUGGUGAAGAUAGACACCGGAUUGUGAUGGGCUAACAGACCAGCCUUGCCAAAAUGGCGACGCAAGCACAAAAUUGACCAGCUAUGCGCAUGCGCUAUCUCAUGGAAUCUCUGCUGCGAUGACCUGGUAGAAGUAUUAAUUCAAGAAUUUCAAACGUGAAAACUACUCUUUUAACAAGCAUUGAUGCAUGACAGUACAACCACGGCAGGAGAACCCAGAAAACCAUCAAUAACAAGAAAGAAAAAAACAAUAAUUUGGCUCAGGCAUGGGUUCUGUAUUGACCUUGCAACAUAAAAUACAAGGUAGCACCAUUGUUUCAAAGUUGCCUUUUGGCAACCUAUUAUUAAUACUACUACAGCACCCUAAAUAUCUAAUUAAAGUGCUAAUCUCCUGUCACCUUGUUUAUGUACAUGACUGUAUAGAUGUACAUGGACAGGGCCUCAAGGUUGAAUAAAUGCAAUAUUUAAGUGGGUUUAAAAUGUAUCAAGAUGAUUAAAAAGAGAUGUGUGUAGAGUGAUAAAUAAUACAUUUCAUUACAGUUAACUCUGUGCAGCCAAGCUGGCUGCUUCAACUUUGCGUUGUCAUACUGUCAUUUUUAAAUAUUAAUUCAUUUAUUCAUUGGCUUUUCUUAUUGCAGAGACAAAUUAAAUGGAAGUAGGGUGUUUGUUCCACGGCAGUCUCUACUGACGUAAGUAGCAUAGUAUGUAUCGUUCACUCUUUGGUUGAGUUUAAGCAGACUUUGGUGUUAAAUCAAGACUCUCUUGGCUACUUAUUCCAUACAACCCUUUAUGAGAAAACCAGAAGUUCAAUUCAAUUAAAGAGGCUAGAUUUGUUCAGUUAUUUUGGAAAAUUAUUACUUUUGCUGCUUAAGGUCUCGGUAAAUGAAAAUUUUAGUACAUUGCUCGAUUUUGUUUUUUUGGGAUUUUUGGCAUGAGUGGGUCCUAAAUUUUAUUUUGGAAGAAAAAGAAAAUCAGAAAGUGCUUUUUAACCCUUCUAAAAUGAGCCUUUUCUGAGCUAACCAGCCAAGCGUGGACCUCGCGCUAAAUCUUUAGAGCUGAUUUUCUCUCACUCUAUUUUAGACGCAAAAAUCAAAAUUCUCCGACCUCCAGUCGGGACAGGUUUUAAGCUAUCGCUUUGAAACUUUCAGAUAUGAUGGAUAAUGAUAUAGACUCAAAAAGGGUGUGAGGAAUUUUCCGAUUUCCCUUUGUAACUCAUAUUAUGCCAGUUUCUUUAAAAAUAAUCGCGCUCGAGAUUCGACUUUUUAGUUUGAAAUGCAAUAAUUCCACUAAUACGAGACAUAUGCAAAUUUCCUCACACCCUUUUUUUUAGGUCUUUUAUCUGUCAAUCAGAUGCAAUAAAAAGGAAGUGAAUAUUUAACAACGCGAAAAGGGCUGGAGCUUCAGCAGUAAACUCGAUACCUCUGAGUUCGAGAGCAAAAAACUUAAGCGCCUUUUGAAAUUCGAUGAAAUAAAAUCUUUCAUAAGGUAAUUUAGUCUUUUAGCUUUAAUUUGAUAUAUAACUUGCCUUUGUAGCGAAAAUACUCGCGCGACUAGAAUUUUUUUCUGUGGGCACCUCGUUUUCCUUUACCGAGACCUUAAGAAAGUUUGGACAUUCAGUCUCCUCUUUAGCUCUACACGUACAUGUAGCAGCUCUUUUGGGUUUAUACUUUCAAUUUUUAGUGAGUGGAUAAAUUUAGUUCUCGUGUGACAUUGUCAAAAACACAUUUUUGUUGUAAAUGGUAAACACUGUAGUCACAGAUACAGAAAAAAAGCAUUAUAUGAAAUAGUUUCUUUGAAAAAGGGUUUGCAAUGUUUCCCAUUGACAUCUUUGCCUGCUGCUUUGUGUAUGCAAACCGACAGUGUACCUGAAAAACCCUGGGGGGUACUUUAGGAAUUUCGGGGUGGGGAUGUGCUGCUGGGACCCUGGAACCCUUAACCUAUGCCAGAGCUAGUUCAGCUGAAUUUUGCUACCCUGUACUAGAGUAAACUCCCAAAAUCCCCCUAUCCUAGAGUAGCUGUUUCCCUAGUCUAGACAAAAUCUUCAACCAACUGAUCAGUUUCCUGAAAAAUGAUACCCUAUUCUAGACCCAAACUCUCUGAUUUAUAUACCGUAUCCCAGAGUAAACUGCUUAAAAACCAUACCCUUCACAGCGGCACAUACCUAUAUAGCCCAUAUAAUUAUAGCAGUAACCCCCCCACACCCCUCCCAGGCUGAAAACUAACAGUUUACUGCUGGGACAAUAUCCAUAUCCAACCGAUCUAGGGUCAUUGGAAAUUCUAAGAGAGAGAUUCGGCAUUUAAAGGCCAAAAUUCAGGGUGCAAAAAAAGGUCAGUUUUACAGCUGGCUGUUAUGGUAGCUAUAGCAUUAACUAGCCAAAGAGCCAUUUUAACUAGCCUGUAAAAAUUUUUGAUGAGCAAGGUUUAUUAUGGGUUUUCUGUUAUUUGAAUUCCCCCUAAAACUUUGCAAGUUCAUAAUAACAGAAUUCACUAAUAAUCCGAUAGCAAAAUUCACUAGCCCUGGGCUAUGGCACACAAUUUUCUUUGCAUGCUGAAUUUUUUAAGGAAAUUAUGAAGCUACAUGUAAACUAGCAUCAUCUUCGGGAAAGGGGGAGGGGAGGGUUGAAACCAAGAUCCCUCUGUAGGGGGUAGUAUGGAUUUUUUUUAACAAUGCAUUGCUUUGAAAUCCUUAAAUAAUAAAUUAUUGUGAAGGCUGAUUUUCUUUCUUUCUUCCUUCCUUCCUUCCAGGGAGCUUCUUGAAGUAAACCAUAUCAAGACAAUCUACAACAUUUUUGUAGCCUUGCUUAUAGUGUUAAUCAUCAACACUGUAGUUUAUGACUACAUCGAUAAAGGAAGGUGCGUAACGUACAUGUACAUAUGUAUCAUUAAACUAUUUCGAACUGUAAUUACCUGUAGUACUUAUUUUUGUCUUAGUUUUGAAUCUUAGUAUUUUUAUCUUUCGAACCUUAGUUAGUCUUUUUAACCUUAGUCCUACUUUUAAACCUUAGUUUUUAGCCAUAUUUUAGUUUUAUUUUAAUGUAUUAUUUUUUAUCUUAAUUUUGAAGGAUCCUCCAGAAACCACCUUUAUAGGUGAUUGGAGGCCUCCUCUUAAAAUAUUAUUUAUUACAUUAUUAUUAUUAUUUUAUUAUUUUUAUUUUUAUUUAACAUACCUGUUUUUGGCAACAUGAUUCUUUUAAAUUGAGGUAGACAUUUUAUGAGGCCAUUACUCACCAACAGUAAAAAAAAAUGUUGUGUUAAUUAAAUAUGUGGAUUUAAUUGUUGUUAGAUUUGAGGACGAGAAUGACUGUAGACGAGUACGAGAUUUGAUUUAAAUUUUUUCGCGUAUAUUAUCAAAAAAUAGACACCCCAGAAAGCUUAAUUGUACUUUUUUCACCAGAAAAGUUAGCACUGUUAUCUUUAUUGGAAGACGUUAAAAAUAAUAAAACUUCUACACCUGUAAUGUAGAAGUUAUUUCCACCACUACAAGACUCUUGUUAAAACUUGUUAUAGAAUGACAACGGCUAUCACAUUUUCCUGCCAGAAUGACUCUGGCUCACGUGUGAGCACCAUUUAGUAUUGAGAAAACCUCAUCUUAAAUGGACUGACUGGUACAUCCCUUUUUGCUUUCUUUCAGUCUUACACUUGAUCUGUCAAUUCUAAGAUGGGCAUUUGGAAAGCCUUCAACCGUGGUCAGCAUUUGGCUCGUUAUGAAAGUCAUGGCUAUGUCAGCCUUUCCCAUUUUUAUGGCAUGGCAUUCAAACAGGCAUUCGUGGAUGCCAUUGCCUGAUGUGGCCUGGUUUAUUCUGUACAUAACGUACUUGAUUGUGUUUGCCAUAUUCCCAGUUCAGGAAGUCUGUCAACAUAACCUACCUCCUGCAUCUUCUAUUAUCAUACUUGCAGAACAGGUAAUUAACUGUAUAUAUUUCAUUUCAGCCAACAACAGCCGCGCCCAUGACUAAAUACAUUUUAGAGUACUUUUUGUCACUGAAAUGGAAGCUCCACUCUUUAGCCUGCUUUGCAGACAUUCUAGAAGGACUACAUCCAGACUGUUCUUUAUCUAGUUCUCAUGAGACAUAUCCGGUUGCAACACAGGCUGUAGUCCACUGGGCAGUGGUGUUAAACUGUUGGCUUUGUCUCAUUCAUCCUUCUUUCAUUCAGGUGAAAUCAAAGGGGACAUAAAAGAUCCCACAGUAGUGUUUGAAGAGGGUAAGGGAAGUUACCCUGGAAGUGUGGUUUACCUCGCAUACACACUGUAUAUCAUUCAUAUCUAGGCUGGAACUGAUAGUGGCUGCUAGUGGCACCCUUUAUGCUGACGUCCGAGCUUGCCCAUUAACAUGUUAACAUAAUUGUAAUGUAAAGAGGACACAUCCAUUGUCCUCCGAUCUCAUCCACAUCAUUUCAUGUAUGAGCACAUUCACAAAUACAAACUACAUCUGUAAACUCGUCGAAAGGUCAAAAAUACCAUUUCCAGGUCUAGAGAGUGUUUUCACGCGCGUGGUGGCUAGCAUCUUUGCAAAUUUAUUGAAACAAAAGAAAGCGUUUGCAUAAGAAAAGAGUUCAACUCCCACAGAACUAGUUUGGGACACCAACAUGGCCACCGUUUCAUUGUUUUUUGGAUCCCAGUAUGGCCGCCGUGACGUCAUGUAUUGAAUGUGUUGACUUAAAAGAUAAUUCUUAAUGAGGCCAAAAUCACUUAAAGAAUAAACUGAUUGGUGCAAGCACUGUGACUUGAGUACACUGAAGUUGUUCACCCCAAGUCAUGCACUCCGCUUGGCAAUCAAAAUUUUUCUUAAGAAGUCGAGGACUAUGGGGUAGGUAUGGAUUGGUGUGUCCAUUAUCUCCGAGAGGGGGUAGGGGUGGUUGUGAAGUCUGAAGUUAAACUGGAAUUUCCAUAGGGGUAGGAGUGGGGAGGUUCUAACAAAAAAAGGAAAAAGAGAAACGUCUCUUAAGGAGAGUACGAAUAUGUUUUGGAAGAACACAUUAAUUUUAAAAGUGAAAUCUUUUUGAUUGUCACUGUAACACCGUACAUGUAAUUCCCUUCUCAAACAUAUACCUUUCCCUUUUGCGGUGUAAUUUUUGUUCUACUUCUUUGACGUACCCUGUAAGUUCUCUUUGCCUUAAUUUGGUUUUCAGGUUCGUUUUAUGCUGAAAGUUCAUGCCUUUGUAAGGGAAAAUGUUCCUAAGGUUCUGUCACACAAGAAAGAAGUAGGUAAGAAAACUGUUAUGCUUCUUCCAAAGUAAUUUGUUUUGUUAGCAAGAGAGUGUCAAUGGAGUUAUACCUCAAAAGAGGCCACAGCUAACUCUUUAAGGCCAAAUAUUCAUGCUGAGAGCAGAGCCUGCCUUUGUCUUCUUCUUGUUGGAGGAGGAAUUGGGAAAAAAGGAGGCUGUUAUAUCAGCCUGUGAGCAAGUCCUUUGGGGCGCUUUCCUGGAAAAGGAAGGAGAGCUUGCAACUACGUCUCUGGAAUUUAAAUUCAACCUCCAAUUCCCCUGUAGCUCCCCGUCGACUGAGCUUUCAGAUUUCCGCCAAUCAGCGCGAAGCGGAAACGAGCGCAAAUGUAAACAAACAUUAGAAAACACGUGAAAGCACGUGUCAAGGGUAAUGACGUCAUUACUAAUGUCAUCUCCGCCAAUCAGCAUUUCGCAUCGACUUUUUCGAUGCAGAUAUUUAAAUUCCAGAGACGUAGUUGCUCUCUUUCCUUUUCCCGCCCCGCUGUCAGAGCGCCCCGGAAAGCUUGCUUGAAGGCUAAAACUAGUCAGUCGUGAGAUAUCAAAUUUCAAUACUCGAAGAGAAAUUUUUUACCUCCGCGCGGCGUAAUUUCUUCUUUUGUAUGGUUAUGACAGCAACAAUUGCUGUUAUAUGCGAGACAGUCCAAUUUACACCCUCCUGUAAGUGAAAGGGUUAAAAAAUAAUCAAACUCUAACUCUCUAUAUUCAAAGGAUUAACACUUCAAGAAGCCAAACGGGUUCUACUUCAGGCGUUGAAGAGACAUUUAUGGAAAUUCUGUAAUUAAUCAACUUGUAUCUGAUCUUUUUAAACAUUUUUUUUUGUUUUAAUUGUUCCCAACCCGUUUCCUUUAAAUUGUACGGGUCAGGAAGGCUAGUAUAAACCUGAUGACAAGUUUCCAUUAAAGAUGCAAGUUUUAGUGGUUUGUGUAAACAAUGAAAUAAUAUGAAGAAAACUGGACUAGUUUGUAUAGAACUCUCGCUACUGUUUUUACGCUUUUCAUUACAAAAAAAUAAUAUUGUGAGUAACGUCAUCUCAUGGAAAACGGUCGUUUCGGUUCAAAGUCGUUUCGAAACAAGUCGUUUUGAUACGAACUCAAGCAGUGAAAUUGCACGAAAAUUUCCUUCACUUCAGGUAAAGUUUUCGCGUGAACAAGAAAAACAUUUUGGGUGAAUGCUGUUCGUUCUUUAAGCCAAGUAAGUGGAACUUUUUACUCCUCCACUGAGUAAACUUGUAUCGAAACGACUUUAUAUCGAAACGAACCGUACCCCAUCUCAUGACCGAGUAAAUGCGCGCUGUGCUUUGGCGGACAUUCGGAAAGUGUAAGACAUGCAGUCAAACCUCCAAAAGCAACCAGCUCCCAUAAGCGGUCAGCUACUUGUAUCCAAAACUCCGAAAUCCUCAUAGUGAAGUUACUACAAUGGGAACAACCUCUCAAAUUACAGCGAUUACGACCAACUAUGUGGAUGAAAGCUUAACAAUUUUCAAUUGUCCUUUUUCUUGUAAUCGACCACUGAAAAAAUUGUUUGAUUCCUUAUGUUAAUUGCUUUUUCUUCACUUCUAAACGAGUGCGAUGUACUAUUUGUGGGAACAGGAGACUACACAAGCCAUAUCGUAACUUAGAUAUCAGAUGCAACGAAUUCUCUUCAAAAAUGUAUAUGUAUUCCGUCCUGUCCUAGAAUGAUACCCCAGCCUAUAGUUCGAUUCUCGUGAGCGACCACCCUCUGUUGAGUGGUCGCUUACAGGGGCGGAUCCAGGAUUUUUUUCAGGAGGGGGUGCACUAGUCUUCUUGCCCUACUUCAACACCAAUAAACCACAUAGUUUAUUUUUUUGCAGAAUACCAGUUGUAUUAGAAAACCGCAGCUCAUCUCUGGGGGCGCACCCCCUGCACCCUCCCCCUAGAUCCGCCCCUGGCUUACAGGUGAUGUUACACGGGACGAUUCGCAACGACGAUUUUUAGCGCAACACAGCGUUACAAUGCUGGAACAAUGUUGUUACCAUUCGAAACAAUAUAACACAACAAUGUUGCCAUGCUGUGUUGCGCUUAAAAAUCGUCGUUGCGAAUCGCCUCGUGUAACAUCACCUUACGGAGGUUUGACUGUAUUAAAAUUUGAAACAAGAAAAAAAUAUAGAAAACGUUUGGUUGUGUCUACAGUUUCGACUCGUGUUGAGGAUUCUGACCAAGUUAAUCAGGGCAACGGCGAUGAAGAUGCAACAACUAGUGAGACUCAGGAUAAAGAGACGAACCAGCCAUUGCCAGAGUUUGGCCAGUACUUGUACUUCUUAUUCUGUCCAACGCUUGUCUACAGAGAUCAGUACCCAAUGUAAGACUUUGUUGUUAAGAUAACAGCAGCAAAUAUGAUACAAUAGCAUAAUGGCAUGCAAUAUGAUUACAGCUAUUCUGUCCAACGCUUGUCUACAGAGAUCAGUACCCAAAUUUUAUUGAUAAGUGGAGUCAAGAAAUUUUGGAGUCUUUGUUGUUAAGAUAACAGCAGUGGUCCUGGCAAAUAUGAUACAAUAAAUCCAUAAUGGCAUCGAGCAAACUUUGAUCAUAAUUUAUUUUGUCGUGCAGUAUAAUUCUUUAAUUUUGAUGAUUUAAUUAAGGUUUAUAACACCGAAAAUUUCUGCUCCCUGUUUGUUACCGAAAAUUUCUGGAGGGAAGUGACUCCUCCGUAACCUCUGUGGAAUCUGAACAAUUUAGUAAAAAAUCCAAACCCUAAUUUGUUUAAAAAUGCCGAGAAUAAGAAACUUUUAGCUAGUUAAAGCUAGACUUUAAUCCUUUUUUGCCGCCAAAAAGCCCGCGCUUUUCGCUACUAGUGGGCUAUAACAUAUAGCCUAAUAGCAGCUCAACCAAUCAGAAACGCAGCAUUGAUAAUAGACCACUAGCUGGAUUUUACUAAAUACCGAGAUAUGAAGCGUCGAGGUAUAUAUCUAGCGCUAUGCACCGACCCUGAAGGCCAUAGUUGUUUCACAGUGAAGUAUUUACAAAAUCAGUCGGAUAAAAAAUUAACAAGUCACUUUCUUGAAUUAGCCUGUCCACAUACGUUCUGAGCCCGCGGAGCGCUCCUUUCCUCACCACCCCCUAGCGCUUGCGGUCAAUAUUUUCAUAAGCGCGGUUGACUAUCUCUUAAGAGAAAAUAGAUAAUAAUUGACAGUGUUUUGGGGACUUGUCCAGUGCAUUUUCACGGUUUUGUUGCAAAUUCAAUAGGAUAAAAAUUUUCUACUUAUCUGUAAAUCUCAACAAUCCAAAUUCCUUCGCUUUCUUGGCAUUUGUUGGUACAGCCGCUUCAUUUGACGCUAGAAUGAAUUCUUUCGAAACUGCUAUGAAACGGGACACCAUAUUGACUCCCAUCCCAAAACGGAGAAUAGCUAAGGAUAUUACGAGUUACCGGAGCCAAUCAAACUGCACCAAAUUGGUAUCCACUGAUUUGGUACUCUUUAUUGACCGACAAGAGACCGGUGAAACUAAGCAAGGAAAUCAGAACGUUGUUUGGUUAAAGCAAGAUAUUACGCUGGGCCAAAACUAAUCAGUUUGGUUUUUUAAUUGGAAUUGUGGUUACCUCUGAGACGAAUUACUGGAAAUGGACGAUAGACUUCACCCAGAACGGACUGACAGGUCAGAAAUGGACCACGAAAGGAUGCCAUUUUAUAUGUUUCUAUCAAACUUUUUGGAAACUGUAGCUCAAUGGCGUACAGCACCAACAGUCCACAAAACUGUUUGAAAGUCAGCGUGACUGUGUGUUGACCGUUUAUCGACCACUUAGUAAAAUUCCUCUAAUCUCCCUUACUUGACUAGGCCAUACAUCUGCAUAAUUUUCUCAAAAUGUAUUUAAGUAUUAGUUUGAAGGAAAUUUUGUUAGGUGUAUUUAUCCACGUUUCUAGCUCUAAACUAAACUUAUAUGGUCUGUAUCAUGUGGUUAAUCUUUUGUAUGCAUUCGUUUGCUUUUUGGGCCUUGCAAGUGCUAAAUCUUUUUUCAGAUACCGUAAAAUUCCGAAAAUAAGCCCCUCCAUGUAUAAGCCCCUCCAAAGAUAAGCCCCCCAAACUCGUAACGCAAAAAACCCUCCGUUAAAUCGCCCCUCCGAAUAUAUGCCCCCCAUACAAACUAAAAUAAAGCAAAAACGGUCAAUUUACUUCCAACUACAAGGCUAGCCCAAUCGAUUUUGAAACGCAAAUAAUUAUUUCCCUCUAUAGAUAAGCCCCUCCGAACAUAAGCCCCUCAAAAAGGGCCUUUGAAAAAUAUAAGCCCCGGGGCUUAUUUUGAGAAUUUUACGGUAUAUAAACGACAUCUUUGAACUAAUCUUAAGACUUAUUGGCACAUUAUUCUGUUUGCUAUUUCAGGACUCCUUACAUCAGGUGGAAUUACGUGGUGUCUAAUGCAUUUCAAACUUUGGCCUGCAUCUUCAAUACUUAUUAUGUGUUCGCUCGGUUCUGCGUUCCAGUCUUCAGAGAUAUUGGGAAGUCUAACUGGAGCUUUAAGUGAGUACAUUUACGUAAUGUUCGAAAGCUCGUUAACAGGUCAACAACGACCCAUAAGGAUUAACUGAAGUGUCUAAGCGCCUGCGAAUGCGAAUACCCCUGGUGAAGUACGAGUUUCAAGGAUAAAGUGAAAGAGUUCUGCAGUUUGAUCCGCUUUGUCACCCAAAAUAAUGGUCCAGUCUUGUUAUUUAAGACUAUAAUUAUAUAGGCAUUAAAACUGUUUCUAGUCGUCUGUUGCUACGGAUGGCAAAAAUGGAAGGUGACAGACAUGGAUUGAAACUUAAAAAAAACGAAAAAAUUUGGCUUUUUCGAGUUUCAAUGCUACACCACACAAAUCACCGAAAAAAAAAACAAACAAACAAACAAAAAAACAAAACAAAAGUGGUUAGUACUCCCCGGAGAAAUUUGUUUUUUAUCUUCUUCGCAACUCUACAGGAGCAUUUUGUGUGUUGAUAAAGGCACCAAAUAAUGACACUACCAGAGAUUUGACCUUUUAAAACAGCUAUAUCCUUGUGCCAUAGCCAUUAAGCAUUUUUCGAGAAUGAUUUUUAUUUGGUACCCCACGACUUAUUAAUACAGAAACUAAUGAUUUUUUAAUAUGUCUUUCUUUUUAGGCAUUUCACACUUUGUGUAUUCAACUGUAUGCUCCCGGGAACAGUGGUUCUUGUGCUUGGCUUCUUCGCUAUACUUCAUUCGUGGUUAAACGCCUUUGCAGAGAUGACCCGCUUUGCUGACCGAAUGUUUUACAAGGUUUGUUGGCAUAAAUUCCUCCCCCUUCCCUCCCCUCCUGGUCUGUGUGGAAGGCCUUCGAAAGAAAAUGGAAGAAAGUGAAUUAGGGCGCAAUGGAACGCGAAGGAGAGGUAACGCGUUCCCUCUUCCCACGCAAGCCCAUCGCGUGAAAAGACGAAGGAUGCAGAAAAGAAGGAGAAAGAAAGGUGACGCGUCCCCUUUUGCCUCGCGCGCACUUCGUGCGAGAACUCGAAGAAUGUGCAAAAGGAAGAAGAAAUAUAACGUGUUCCCUCUUCCCUCGCUUUCCCAUCGCGCGAGAACUUGAACGAUGCGAAAAUGAAGGAGGAAGAAAGGUUACGCGUUCCCAUCUCCCUCGUGUGCCUACACCACAAGGUGUUUUCUUUGCUCUGACAUCUCCAAAUGGUUAGACAGUCUAGUUUCUAGUUUCCCAAGGCACAGCUUUGUAGGCUCGCGGGCUUGCAGGCUCUCUAAAGAAAAAAAAAUAGAAGGACUGUGGACAGGCUAAAAACGAACACGAGAGACGUAACAAUUUCUGGCGAUGACCUCUGCUCUACCUUUCAUAAGCUGUGGGAUUUGGUAGGGAGGGAGCCCAUCCCCUCUUAGCAGGUCUUUUCACUUUGAAGUGGAACCAGGGUGUCUGUGGAUACCUGCAAUGAAGGUUCCAAUGGGGACAGACUGCCAAUAAUUACCGCUAUAGGAAAUGUCUGAAUGUCGUAACUGUUCAUCAGGAGGAUGCCUAACAUGUGUGCAAUUCCAAAAAUGGUGAUUUACUGUUUCAGUAUCUUCCUCUUGUCUCGUCAUAGGACUGGUGGAAUUCAAAUUCUUACGCCGAUUACUAUCGUACAUGGAAUGUAGUAGUACAUGACUGGCUGUAUGCUUACAUCUACAAGGACCUCUAUCUGGUAGGAAUUUUUUGAUUUAUCAAUAAAAUGGAGUUGACCCCACCCACAACACCCCAUUUUGCAUUUAAUUUUUUCUGUGAGGUUACUCUGGUCACUUGACUAGGGACUUUUGAGUUGUGGUAGAGAAAGCUUAGGUUAUGCCGGGGAAAGCCCACGCUAACAUUUAUUAGUAAAAUCCAACUAGUGGUGUAUUAUCAAUGCUGCGUUCUGAUUGGUUGAGCUACUACUAGGCUAUAUGACAUAGCCCACUAGUAGCGAAAAGCGCCGGCUUUUUGGUGGCAAAAAAAGGAUUUAAGUCUAGCUUUAACUAGCUAAAGUUUUUUUGUCUCGAUAUUUUUGACCAACUAGUUGGAUUUUACUAAAGCCCAUUCGGGCUCGAGGAAUAAUUGUUAAAUAGCCACACCGUUCGGGUAAACCCAACAGGCAAGUAUUAGGAAACCGUUCUGUAUUAUUUAAGGCUUUGUCCAGUCUUUAACUUGUCCGUUGUUGGUUAGGAUCCACAUAUAAUCAAUCAGUCAGUCAUUCGAACAGUCAGUUGGUUAUUUUCGGACUAAACUAGGGCUAAUAAUAACCUUUAUUUUAAGAGGGUGACACCAAUUACUAUAAAAAGUAUUCUCCCUAGUGGCCCUCUAAAAACAAAAUUGAUGAUAAUAAAUUACAACAGUCAUGAUAAAAAGCCUAUUUACAAAUAGUAAUUAUAAUAAAGGAUCUUAAAAAUUCUAAACAAGUAUUCUCCCUCCCUAGUGGCCCUCUAAAAACAAAAUUGAUAACAAUAAAAUUACAACAAUCGUGAUGAAAAGCCUAUUUACAAAUAGUGAUUAUAAUAAAAGGUUCUUAAAAAUUCUAGAGAUUUAAAAAAUUGAGAGAUGUAAAAACGGAAGUGAAUACAUUGGUAAAAAAGGGAAUCCAAUCUAUAUUGAUAUUUAAAAAAAAGCACGGAGUUUUAAAAAUCAGAAUAACUUUUUAACUUUAAAAUUGUCCACCGUAUAGUUUGAGGCGACGUUAUUAGUCAGUGUUGCCUUCAUUAAGCUAAAGGAGGUGGUUGGUUCUAAGUUAAGAGCAUUUAGUUCUUUAAUAGUGGAAUAAAAGAAUGUUCUCCUCAUUGCUUCAGUUCUGGGUUUCGGUAAGCGGUAUAAUGUUUUUGUUCUGGUAGAGUACUUGUGUUCAAACCGAAGUGAGUCCAAGGUUGUAAUUAAGUAUUCCGGUGCCCUACCAUCAAUAACUUUUUUUAAAAGGCCGAGUUUAUUGAGCUUGAAUAGUUGAUCAACCGGUAGCCAGUUAAGCAUUUGACAUACACCCGUUCGUCUCCCUUUGAAAAUGUCAUUGAUCGAUAAGUUUGACCGUGUUGGAGAAGGACCGAUUGCAAAUUGUACCCAGAUCGGCUAAAGAAAUGAAAAAGAGUAAUAAAAGGCAUCGCCUCAAACAACACCCCACAUUUUCAAUAGCCUCCCAAACGGAAUAGUGCGAACCAUUUGACUUUCUAAUUGGGGCGUGAUGGGGGGGGUCAGACAGGGAGCGGCGCAAAUUAAGCCUAGGCCCAAAGUCAAUUUAUAACUGAGCGUCUUAUUAUACUAUUUUUUGUUUUUCAGAUUAUUAAGAACCGCCAAGUGGCGACAGUUUCCGUGUUCAUCUUGUCCGCCAUUGUUCACGAAUACGUUCUACUCUUCGCUUUCCGCUUCUUCUAUCCCAUUCUUCUCAUUAUGUUUGGUGCAUUUGGUUGUAAGUACAUAGGCGUCGUCUUUAUUUCAUUUAAAUGUGAAGUAGUAAUUUUCUUUCAUUGUGACAUUGACGAUGAUGAUAGUGGUAGUGGUGGUGAUGGUGCAGCUUGCAUAGUGGGGAGAGAAAGAACGUGACACUGAAGGGGGGGGGGUAAGCCUGUCUCUCUCCUCUCGUGUCUCCAUCGCGUGCCUUGUUCUUUCAUACACCGAUAUCACUUUCAAGCGCUUGCUGUGCCUGCUAGUAAUGGUCCUUGUAGUUGUUGAUUAUGAUAAUGAUGACAGUAGUGAUUAAAAUAUUGAUAGAAACCUCUUGUUACUUUCAAGCCCUUCCUACGCAUGCUCCUGACUCAGGCUAGUGGUGGUCUUGUUGUUGGUGAUGAUAAUGAUGACAAUAGUGAUUAAUCAAAAGAUACGCGAGGUAACACGCGUCUCUCUACCCUCUCGUGUGUCCAUCGCGUGCCUCGUUCUCUCAUGAACCCGUGUUUCCUUUCAAGCGCCUGCUACGUAGGCUACUGGGGCUCCAACACGCGACGUGUCUUCUGUCGUGUCUCCCUCGCAUGUCUUGUUCUUUCAUGGUUCCUCAUUACUUUCAAGCUCCUGCUACUUAGGUUCAGUAGCGUAGGUGUUAUUGUUGGUGAUAAUGAUGAUGAUGAUGAUGAUGAUUGUGAAUGAUCAUGAUGACAGUAGUGGUUAGUAUAACAAUAACUAUGUCAAUGAUGGAUUGAGUUGUUAUAUUUUAUUUCAGUGUCGUUUGUGUUUCUAAAACCAAAGAAGCACGAGAACGUGUCUCAAGCGUGGAACAUCUUUAUGUGGAUCACACUGAUUGUCGGCAAUGGUCUGCUGAUGUGUAUGUACAGCAUGGAAUGGUUUGCCAAUCAGAACUGUCCAAGGAAGGGUGUAAGUACAGCUCUAUUUAAUUGUAGUCGAAUCAUUCAUUUUCGCUGCCAAAGGCGCGGUUUAUUAUGCAACCAUGGCAACGGUAAUCUUUACACGUGCGAAGAUAUCACGUUUUCGCGCGAAAUCUCACCUGGUAUUUCAUUGGUAUUUAAAAUAUAGUAAUUGGACAUGUAUAGAUGUUAAGGAGAAAGGAAAUUAUUACCAAAGAAGAAUAGUCCAUUUUCGAGUUCGUUAUGACCGCUGAAUUAAAGAAGUGAAGACGCAUUUUUUAUAGCUUUAUCCUCAAUCUGAAGUAAUAUAUUCACAAAUUUCAACGAGAAAAAGACCUGUUUAUUACUCUGUCUAUUGUGUCGUUAAUGUUUGUAUUCAGCGGUAAUUUUUAAUUCGAAACUGGACUAUUGCGUUGAUUCUUAAAUUUCUCUCAUUUUCACCUUAAGGAUGCGUAAAAAACAGCAUGAUGAAUUUAUUUACAUAUUUAUUUGUUUAUUUUAGAUUAGGGCUAUAGUAAGUUUAACCCUGAUCGCCCGUUUAUCCAACUGUCUCUGGCUGCUUCUUAGUCUCCCUCGCAGCCGUUUUCGUCCCGUCACGCAACACUCCUCCUUGUUGGGCAGGAACGUUGCGUGACGAAACAAAAGCGGCUGAGAGGGAGACUAGUUGCUUCAGAGUUUUCAUCGGUUGAUUGUCUUCUCAUGCAGGAUUCCUGGUUGGAUCUUUUGAGCCCUCGUUCUUGGAGCAUAGAAUGCGUCGGAAUGGGAUUAGAUGGAAGACGGCUAAAGAUCUAAGAAAAAGGAUGGCAGACAGACUGUUCAUUUUGUGACGUCAUCUUUAAAUUCAAGGGGGCCGAGUCUUUCAUAGUUUGCUACACAGCCGUUCUUUAUGUCGUCACGUAACGCUCCUCGCACGUUGCGUGACGACACUAAAAACGGCUGUGUAACAAGCCUUUCACCGCUAUUAAACGAGAGAAAAAUGCAAAAGAUAAUCAUUUAAGUACUUUAAAGCUUAGUUGGUUACUUUCACUAAAAUUGAAAGAUUUAUAUAACAACAAUACGCUGAUAAAAUGCUAAAACCUUUGAAAGCUGAAAUUGCUUAACUUUCGGCGCGAUUUGCCAACUUAAAGUUAAUUGUACUUGGCUGCGAAGCUUUUCUAAUAGCCUGCAAACAAGCUCUCCUUUUGGCAGAAGUUGCGAGAAGUCACGCAAGAGCCGCGCGUGACAGGAAACGCGUGUGCGAGGGCGCGUUCUGUCUCGCCUUUCUAUGCUCGCCACUCGAAAGGGAGAGCUUGCUCAGAAGACUCUCGCAAGCAGGCUACAUUUCUAACGGAAAGAAGCUCAUUAUUUUAAGAAAGAUACAAAGAUAGGUACGUCAACUAAUUAUACUACGAAUCCUUGCCCAUGUUUUCACUUUAGGGCAAAUGGAAUCACACUAAUGUUCAAACAAAAGACGCAUCAGACGUUUGAUCGCGGUUGAGGAGCCGAGCCUAGUCUCGUUUACAGUCUCAUUCCGUUUUCCUAAUCCAAUAUGGCGACUCUGAUGCAGUUGAUCUUCUGUAACUAAAAUUUAAAGUGUCAUGUUAAUCGGUCUCGGACAAUUCGUACAUUUUCUGAGAUCUUACCUAUAAACAGUGAUUCGCAAUUUGUUAUCAUAUUAAACGUGAGGGAAAUGUUGAAAAUUUUUCACAAAAAUGCGUAGGCCAUUUUACCGUUGUUUGCCCAGCGCCCAGGCUGGAAGUGACCUUGUUUUCUUACAAAUCCCUCUGCUGUCACCUGUAAAUGAUCUUGUUCAGGGGCUUGUUGGCAUGAGAAUAAAGCCUAGGCCAAAUGUCGAACUUUUCACGAGACGCACGAAACUUAGCGAAUUUAGUAGAACGUCCGAAGAUCGUCUCCGAGACCAACGCCGAUCUUCACAUGCGACGAACUAAACUAGUAAAUUAAAAAUUUGUAUGAAAAUGUAUUUUAGGCCGGCUUAAAUUGCUUUUUGGUCUAAUUCAUUUGAUUGGUUCUACGCGUCCUGCGUUCGACGUAUGACCCAACAGACGAUUUUAACUUAAUUUAGGUCGACCCAAAUUAGAGUUUGGUUCGUCUCACGCAAAGUUCAACGUUUGGCCUAGGCCUAACACGAUUUGCACAUGAAAAGAAGGAGGCUUUUUAAAGAAAAAAAAAACAAGGUGACCUCCAACCUCGUCUUUAUGCCAAGGGGAGGAAACCGAGCGCACAACUGUAAAAUGGCCUAUUGAAAUUAUUUCCUAAGUUCACUCGUCAGUAUUUCAUUACACAUACAUAAUUUGACUGAUUAAUGAAAGUUGUGUAGGUUAGCUUGUGUUUUGGGUGGAUUUUACAUGGUUAUUCCGUCAUGGCUCAGUUGAGGUUAAAUUAUAAAUAUAUAUUAUAAAAAAACGCGUAUUUAAUAUUGUAAUCUAUGAGGAAAAAAAUUGUUGAGGUGAAUUUAACUCCCCGGGGAGUAAUUGAGUCAAUUUGUGCAGGGUAUGUGCCGCGCUGAUUUAUCAGAACCCCUACACCAUUAUAGUCUAUUCAGUGGUCAAUUUCAUACCCCAUCUCAGUACCUUUUGGGCAAAUGUUAUUCUGACCAUUUCAUCUUAGUCACUUGCUGUCAUAUUUUAACCGCGAAUCUUAACAGUUUUAAAUCCCUACUCACCAGAAUUAUCUUACGUUGAAAAUUCCGAAAAGUGUGCGACCCCAAUCUUUUAACUCUAUUGAAAAGGCAACCCCAUUUAUACAGUCAAUCUAGUCGUGAAAACGCGCCCCCCAUUCUGCGGCACACCCCCAUUACCAGGUGGUACUCCCCCGGGAUUUAACCUUGUAAUUUUAAUCACCCAAAUGGUAAUAGACAGGUGUACUUAAUUUCCAUUUUUAUUGAAAGGGG